CUGGCAGGAGGCGGCCCAGGCAAUGGCGGCCGUUUAAAGGUAACCGAUUCAGCCCAACCGCAGAGGCGGAUAUAUAUAUAUUCGUCCAAAGCGCCCCCCCCCAGCCCAGGGUUAUGAGAGCUUAACGAGGCUCUGGGUUAGCCCCUUGUAGGGGGGAGUAAGAGGAGAAAGGGAAGCCCUCCAAAUUCCCGCUCCUCACUUCAGCCCCCAACCUCCCCCCCUCACGAACUUGGAGUGGGGUGGAGAAAGUCUCAGUUUUUCACCUAAAGGAGCAGGAGGUCAUUAGCCUCCCAAUGUAAAAAGGAAGCCGGCCUGCGUUAUUCUGGGGAGAAAUUUCCUCCUUCGGCCCGCUUUCCCCGCCUUCAGUCAUAAACACCCCCCCCCCAGUAUUCCACUCCCUCUCCCUAAGUGAGAAUCUCCCACUUGAAACCCCUUGUCCUCCCCUAAUACUCUCCCCAUACAAGAGGGUGGGCGAAGGAAGAAAGGAGCUCCUUUAUUUUCAACCACCCUAUGCUAGGAAAGGGGUGGGGAGAAGACCCCAGGAUGCUCUGAGGAAAGAAGGACCAGUGAGCCCCUCUCCAGUUGUUUUGGGGGGCUCGUUUUCAGCAGGUUUAGGGGGAGCAUCUCUAGCGGGGUGGGAUUCUGCAGCUGGGGCGAUUUGGAUAUCUGUUAGGGAACAGGGUUGCUCCAGCCCCCCUCUCAGUGCUAAUUGCUGGGAGGGGAGGGGGUAAUCGUGUGACGGGGAGAGGGUGGAGCCCGCAGCUAUCUGGGGGGCUCUCCCUCCUAGCAGGUGAAACCCCCACCAGUAGAAGGGAAGAACCCUGAAGGGUUCUCAUUGCCAGGGAAGGGGAAACGCAUUUGGGAAGGAGGUCGUUUCUAGGUAGCCCCCCCUCCCCGGCCGAUUCCGGGGAGGCAGAUCCCACAGCGCCCUAGGCAGGAAAGGCGGCCAUUUCUUGGUGCCCUUUCUUGGCAAGGGUGAGCAGGAAAGAAAGAGGCCCAACAGGUGAACAAAAAUACUGGGGUGAGGGAUCCAGUAACUUAAGAGAUUCCCGUCCGGUAUAUAUUCGAUUUCCUAGUAUCCACUCAUUCUUUGCAAAGAAAGCCCCUCCCUAUCCCCCCCCCAAUUCCUUGUAGGUUAUCCUUGCAAAUAAAGAACCCUGUUUUUAAAAAAUUAUUUCCCGAUUCCCCAUCCACUUUUUGCCAAGAAAAGCCCCUCUUCCACCGCCCCGACUUCCCUCUUCCUGCAGCGAAGGGGGUGGCGCCCCCUUUCCUCCCCCCUCCCCUUGAGUGGCGCUCGGCGGGGAGAGAGAAGCCAGGCAAGGGAUGCUCGGUGCAGCCGCAGCAAGAGGGAGCGAAGAGGGAGACGGUCCGUGAGUGGGUCACCGAGGCAGGGGGAAGGUUGCGUCGGAAGGAAGGGGGCGAUGGGGCUUGGCGGGGCGGAGGACGGCGGCGGCGGCGCCCCCCGAGGGGUCCAGGUGGGGGAUCCAGCCCGGGCGGGGAGAGGAGGAGGAGGAGGAGGCGCCGCCACCACCACUAUCAGCAGCAGCACCGCGGCUGCGGAACCCGGAGCCUGAGCCGCCGCAGCUUCGCCAUGAGAUCCACCGUGUACAAAGCCGCGGCGGCGGCAGCGACGACGACCGCGACGGGGACGGGCUUGCUGGAGCCUGGCCCGGAGGAAGAGGAGGAGCCGCCGCCACCCCCCCAUCUCCGCCAGCCUCCGCCUCCCCCGCAGAACCAGAUCCCCGUGCCAGCCCCAGCGGCGGCAGCGGGUCCCAAGGGCCGGGCUAUCGUCCCGGCGGCGGCGGCCCCGGGGCCACAGCAACAGGAAGGCGGCGGUGGCGGCUGCUGUUGGGGCGGCCUGGUGCCCUCGCCGUGCCCGGCGGGCAGCACUCGACAGGCGGGCGUGGGCGAUGCCGCCGGUAGCUCCCGCCCCUCCAAGUACCAGGCGGUGCUGCCCGGACACACCGCUGCGGCUGCUACCGCCGCCGCCAAGGACAGCAAACGUGGCGGCGGCCCGCAUUCCGGGCCAGGAAGAACCCCAGCUUCUCUUUCCCCUCCUUCUCCGCUGCCGUCGCCGGCUUCAGCCACGGCCGAGCCCGGCCAGCCUCCACCGGGGACAGCAGCGGCCGCAGGGGGAUCUCCCGCCUCUUCGGACCCCGGCAGCAAGUGGAAAAGCGGGAGCAGCAGCAGCAGCAGCACCGGUAGUGGCGGCGGCGGUGGGAGCAGCCUUCGGAAGAGCCCCAUGGGGGCCGGCGGGGGCGCCUCCAGCCAGGCGGCCUGCCUCAAGCAGAUCCUGCUGCUCCAACUGGACCUUAUUGAGCAGCAGCAGCAACAGUUGCAGGCCAAGGAGAAGGAGAUCGAGGAACUCAAGGCCGAGAGGGACUCGCUCCUUGCUCGAAUUGAGCGCAUGGAAAGGAGGAUGCAGCUGGUGAAGAAGGAUAACGAGCGUGAAAAACACAAAAUAUUUCAAGGAUAUGAAACUGAGGACAAGGUGGAGCCUGAGGCACCGGAGACAUUGCCUAUUGAAUGCCCACCCCAAGAACUCCUGGAGAUGCCCCAGCCACUGCCUUUGAAACAUUUCCCAUAUGGAAGAAAUGGAAAGGGUCACAAACGAAAAUCUGCAUUUGGAAGUGCGGAGAGGAAAACUCCAAUGAAGAAACUGGCAGCUGAAUUCUCAAAAGUUAAGUGUAAAUCACCAAAGUCUUCUCCAUUGAAAGAAGAGCCUGGCAGUUCUUUAGCUGAAUCUGUUACCAGACGUGAACUACGAAGUCAGGAGACUCCAGAGAAAGCCCGAUCAUUGGGGGACACUACGCUGAAAUCCUUGGCUCCUCUGAAAGGACCUGGGGGCCAUGCAAAGGACAACAGCUCAUGCAGCGAAAUAGAAGACUUGCCAUACCUUUCCACCACUGAAAUGUACUUGUGCCGAUGGCACCAGCCACCUCCUUCACCAUUGCGAGAACCUUCUCCCAAGAAGGAGGAGACUGUAGCAAUUCCGUCAUGGAGGGACCACGUGGUAGAGCCCUUGAGAGACCUGAAUCCUUCAGAGCUUUUGGAGAACUUAGAUGACAGUGUCUUCUCCAAACGGCACGCAAAACUGGAGUUGGAUGAGAAAAGGAGGAAGAGGUGGGAUAUUCAGCGGAUCCGAGAGCAAAGAAUUUUGCAGCGACUGCAGCUGAGAAUGUAUAAAAAGAAAGGAAUUCAGGAAUCUGAGCCUGAAGUUACCUCAUUUUUCCCAGAGUCAGAUGAUGUUGAAAGCUUGCUAAUCACCCCUUACUUGCCUGUUGUAGCAUUUGGCCGACCACUACCAAAAUUAACCCCACAGAACUUUGAACUGCCAUGGCUGGAUGAGCGAAGCCGUUGUCGGUUGGAGAUGCAGAAGAAACAGACGCCUCACCGGACAUGCAGGAAAUAGGCCACUAGGAGGUGUCUCUGCCUCAGUAGUUGGCCUGUGCCAUUUGCAGCAAAUGGCAGAGAACUGCAUAUAUUAUCACACCAGUCUUUCUUCCCUUGAUGUACAUUCUUGUUCACUAUAGACAUUUUUUAUGCUUCUGUAUGGUUUUUCUCUUUCCUCUUCUCACCCUCCCCCCCAAAAAAACUGUUCAACUGUUUUCUUUUAUUCCCCCCCCUCUUUGUUUGGUAGAAAGUACUGGAGUUUAUUUUGGGUCAAGGCGGGUGGCAUUGGGUGUGUAGUGGUUGAGUUCCUUUGAGCAGGUGUAGCCAACCACAUUCUGUUUGGCAUCACAAAAGAUGGUCAGGCAUUAAAAAUAUAAUGAAACAGUUCCCAUUAGUAGAUAUCCCAACAUAUGGAGUCCACCUUCCUUUAAAAAAAAAUAAACCCUAGUAUGGUCACUUAAAAACAUAUUAUAUUGUAUUGCAAAGGAGCACCAACAAGCAUCACCAAAAUUGGUUUCCUCUACUGCACUAAAGGCCCCAGACUAUGCUGCUUGCUGUAGUAUUGGAUAGAAGCACCGUGCUGCUUGGGAAUCACUGUGUGCUUCCUUCCCCACAUCAGGCAACUGCUACUGGAGGGAAGGAGAGCAAUGAGAUGAGGUGGUUCAUUUUCAGAAUACCUCUUGAAUAGGGUUGUGUUGCCUCCUCUUGUUUCCUCCCUUAUCUGAAGUCCACCGUGACCUGACUAUUGGCAUUUUUUGUAUGCCUUUCGGAAGGUUGGUUAGUGGUGAUACCUUUGCUCAUAGCUACAGCAAGUAACACCCACUGGCACUCCCCGCUCUUUGUACAAUAAUGAAUUAAGCUAGAAACCUGAAAUCUGUAAAACCUGAAACCUUUAAUUGUGUCCAUUGGUGUGUGGCUGGUAUUUCUUUAAAAUACAAUUUUGAUAAAUUUUUAUAGCUGGUGCAAUGGGACUCCUACACACACUCAUCUGUCUGAUGUGUACAGCUGCUGGAAGCUCUGUGUGCGUGUAUAGAAGACCAGUGAUACUAACCUCUUCCCUUUUCCAUUUCUAUAGAAAUUUCAUUUAGUGCAAAAGUAUCAGACCUCAGUUUUCUGGAUUAAGAGUGCAGUGCAGGACAGUAUCUGUUAUUGUUAAAAAUGCUAAACUUGGGAGGAGGCAGUCACCCAGCAAUGUUGUUCUUCUUUCCCAGCUUUCAAAUAGUUCCAGUAGAUGCUGCUCCACUUCUGCAAUAUGUUCUCUAGAAAUUCAAAAGGAUACCUUUAUGACAGUAGGUAACAAGGUGACUACUAUAGAAGAGUCAAACUUAAGACUCUCUUGCCAAGUAGCCUGUGUUUGUUGAGGUUGCACACAAUGCUUGCUGCCUAAUUUAAUUUGAUUUAAAUUAAGGCUGUAUAUUGGUCUCGGUUUUUAGCAUGCCAGCAUGCAUCCUUCUCUCCCCUGCCUCGCUGUUAAAAGUCUGGAUGUAUAAAAUAAACAUUAAGUGGAGGUUUCUUAAAGGCAUUGUUGAUUUCACAGCAUAAUCCUCCCUAAGCUAAAGAGCUUUUAAAAUUGUAUUUUGGAUCUGAAUACUGUUUUGAGGGGGAGGAAAAAGUUACCACGUAGUGCAAAAUAUUACUCUAUUGGAAGUGCCACAGUCCUGUAUUCCUUAAAAAUAAAAGCGAAUGUUCCCUCUUUGCCAGUUAAUAUGCUGGCUUUUAUGGAGAAUCCCAUUAAAUACUAACAUAUGCAUCUGAAAAAAAGAUGGGUAGAUGGGCAUAAGUAGUUAGGGGUUUGCACAAAAAGUUUGCAGUGGAUGUUAGCUGGGAGAAGGAAUAGUCUCUUCUCCCUAUAAACGAUACAGCACUGUGAAAUUCAUAUUAAUGAAAAGCCCUUGGACAUUAGAUCUGAUUUUUGAUUUAAAUAAAAAUGUUCCUUUCUUUAACCAAGUUUACUGUAGUUCUAAAAGCAGUGUCUGUACUUUCCCUCGUUUUUCUGCCUUUGACACGUGGUUGUCUGCAAAUGCAUCCUUUUUGAUACCAUUUUAAAUAUGUAAAAUCAGUUGUCUUGUAAAUAUCUUAUAAAAAAAAAAGUUUGUAAAUACCAAAUUUGUGGCUGUUAAUGUUUGCCUUUUUUAAUUUUUGCUUCAGUUUGUUUAGGUUUAACAGUGUUAACAGGGAGUAUUAAAAGAGAUUCUGCUCGUAUGUUUAAACAAAAUUGGAACAAAAUCAUUUUUUUUUUACAAUAAAAUGAAAAACAUUAA